UAUUAUUAAAGAUGUAUGAUCUCUGAUCUAGAGGACUUUGGCCUCAAUAUUUUUUUUAACUCCUGAUUUAUCUUAUUGUCAAAUAAAACAUAAAUUUUCAUCAAUAGUUCAUUGUCAUCGCUCAUAGUUUAUUGUUCAGUGAAAAAAUACAUCCGUGGUUCUUUCAGCAAAAAAAAUUGUUCAAUUAAUUCACAAAAUGUUCGCAAAUUGUUUAAAAAGUGCAAGACAUCCCAAAUUUGGGUCUUUAGCACGUCUGGAGUCAACACUGGUGAUAGCAGAGCACAAUAAUGAAACACUGGCACCAAUAACACAGGCAGCACUUAGUGCGGCCAAGAAAAUUGGUGGUGACGUAACUGUACUGAUUGCUGGAACAAAGUGUGGACCAGCUGCUGGCGCAUUAUGCAAAGCUAAUGGCAUCAACAAAGUUCUCGUAGCUGAGAGCGAUGCUUUCAAAGGAUUAACACCAGAGUCUAUAACACCUCUGAUCAUAGCGACCCACAAACAAUUCAAUUUUAGUCACAUCAUGGCUGGUGCCAGCGCAUUUGGUAAAGCUUUACUACCACGGGUCGCAGCAAAACUCGACGUAUCCCCAGUGAGCGAAGUUAUCAGCAUAAAGUCUUCAGAUACAUUUGUCCGACCAAUCUACGCCGGCAAUGCAUUACAAACAGUAAAGGUCAAAGAUAACAUCAAAGUUGUUACGGUCAGAGGUACCUCAUUUGAGCCGCUACCCCUAGAAGGUGGAAAUUUAUCUCCCGAACCAGCGCCAGCCGGCGACUAUAAAUCAGACAAAGUUGAAUUCAUAAAACAAGACCUGAGCAAAUCUGAUAGACCCGAGUUGACAUCAGCUAAAAUAGUCGUGUCGGGAGGGAGAGGUCUUAAAUCUGGCGAAAAUUUCAAACUUAUUUACGCACUCGCUGACAAAUUAAACGCUGCUGUCGGCGCUUCCCGAGCUGCAGUAGAUGCUGGUUAUGUUCCCAACGACAUGCAAGUGGGACAGACUGGAAAAAUCGUCGCUCCAGAUCUAUACAUUGCCGUGGGUAUUUCCGGUGCAAUUCAACAUCUCGCCGGUAUGAAAGACUCGAAAACAAUAGUAGCGAUAAAUAAAGACCCAGAAGCUCCAAUUUUCCAAGUCGCCGACUAUGGAUUAGUUGCUGAUUUAUUUAAAGCCGUUCCUGAAUUGACUGAAAAAUUAUAAUCAGGUUUAUUAUUAAUAAUAAUAACCACUAACCAAUAGCGCAAAAUUAUCCCUGCGUGUAAACUGGGUCUUUAGGAACCAGUUUUGACAAUUUUAAACUUUUGACUUUGGCAACUUGGCUGCGUAUCAGCCUUCAAGUAAUCCAGAAUUUUUUUAAAGCCUAGAAACUGAAAACUUGACUGUUUCCUAAAAGACCCAGUGUCAGAAAAAAUACAGAGACACGCAGGUUAAAUAUUAUUAUAAUAAAUGAUAAUUAGAAGACAAUGUUAUUUUUAUAUCCGUAUAUUUUCUACAUGUUAAUGUUUAAAAAAAAAUAAUCGCCGUUGAAAAUUUGUAAUUAAAAUUAAAAAUAUACUCAUAUAAUAAGUAUUUUAAAAAAUA